GGAGAAAGACUCGCCGAGGAUUCAGUCGCCUGCAACUUUCGCAAUCCUGGUGAGCGAUGCACAAAUUGGGGACGAGGAGCGCCGAGCGACUGUGCUGCUUUGGCUGACAGACAGUCGAUCCAUUGAGAGAACCUUGAGAGAUCUCAGGCUUGCCUUUGAAGUCAUUUUUUUGCACACAAUUUGUGAUGUUCUUUAUAUAAUUACCCCAAGUAUGCAUGGAAAUCGGCCGUCCACAAUACCUUGUUUUGAAGAAACGGAUAUAUCACUGGAAGUGAUUUCCUCGGUUUAGGAGAGAGUGGGACUGCACAAAAGAAGAGAGGGGAGAGAAGAUAAGACAGGAAAGGAGGAGUAGACUACGGAAGAAAAAAGAAAGGGGAGUACUGAGGAGAAGGGGUCUCCUGUCGGGUUUUUUCCUCUCAGACGGACUGUAGCCUCCUGGGCGGCCGUGCUUUCGAUGUGGAGUUUGGCUUUGCUCUCGCCAGGCUGAAAUCCACUGCGUUCAGGAGUUCCUUAAUGGCGGGAUUGCUUCUUGGGCUGCUCCUUCUCAUAGCUCAGUCCCCUCCCAUCCCGUCCCGACCUGCCGACGGUAGCUGGGGCGACGUCAAUGACAAGGGCGGCGGCCCGGGGUCCCCGGCCACCCCAGGUCCGGCCCCCGUCGUCACGGCGAUUCCCACCGCCGCCGGUCCGAACGGGACCGUCCGGCAGCUCCCCGGGACCAUCAUCAUUGGCGUGAGGAAGGGCGGCACCAGGGCCCUGAUUGAAAUGCUGAGCCUGCACAGCCAGGUGGCGGCGGCCGAGAACGAGGUGCACUUCUUCGACUGGGAGAGCCACUUUGAGAAAGGGCUGCCCUGGUACCUCAGCCAGAUGCCCUUCUCCCAGCCUGAGCAGCUGAUCGUGGAGAAGACCCCCGCCUACUUCACCUCCAGCAAGGUCCCGGAGAGGAUCUACAGGAUGAACCCCGACAUCAAGCUCCUGCUCAUCCUGAGAGAUCCCACGGAGCGGGUGCUGUCGGACUACACCCAGGUCUUCUACAACAGGCUGCAGAAGCACAAGCAUUAUCAGCCCAUCGAAACGGUCCUGGUGAAGGACGGCGAGGUGAACCUGGAGUACAAGGCCCUGGGCCGCAGCCUGUACUACCAGCACAUGCAGAACUGGCUCCGCUUCUUCCCACUGGAGAACAUCCACCUGGUGGACGGCGACCAGCUCAUCCGGGAUCCCCUGCCCGAGAUGAAAAUGGUGGAGAGGUUCCUCAACCUCACACCCCAGAUCAACGCCUCCAACUUCUACUUCAACAAGACCAAGGGCUUCUACUGCCUCCGCGACCACGGCCGGGAGCGCUGCCUGCAUGACUCCAAGGGCCGGGCUCACCCACGGGUCGAGCCCGCCAUCCUCCAGAAACUCUACCGCUUCUUCCACGAACCUAACAGGAAGUUCUUUGAGCUCGUGGGCCGAACUUUCGACUGGAACUAAGCUUAGGGAUUUCAUUUUAUUAUUUUUAUUAUUAUUAUUAUUUUAUUAUUAUUGUUUUUAAUAUAAUAUAUACCAAACCUGAAACCCAACUUCCACGGCACAAACCCCAACAGCAGUAUAUGCCUAUAAGUAUUAUCAGUAAACUUGUUAUAUUUUACAUGCUAAUUAAAUGCAGAAAAAUAAAAUAACCAGAGUACAGUAUAAAUAUGACAUAUAAGCUAAAUAUAUUUUUUUAUGUUUUGAAUUUAAUUCAGCUGCUGGACAAGAAAAUGACACUUUUUUUGUUGUUGUUUGUUUCUUAUUUUAGUUGCUAUUUUUCUAGCUUGCAUGAUGGAAAAGGUCAAGUUUGUAAUGAAAAAGAAGUGGUGUUUCCUAAAUCGGGAUUGGCUUUUAGAGUUGGUGUCACGUGGCAUUGAAGAGCCCUCUUCUCCUCCCCCCUCGUCAUGCGUGUCUGCUGUUGUUUUUUUGACACUCAAGUCAUAGAGUUAUGCUGGAAAUAAAGUGUGUCACAGUUCAGUGCCAUCAUGCUACGGGUUCUCUCAAAUGUCAAGGUCAAAGGUCAUUCCGUGUUGUGUUUCAUCCCACAUGCAAAUGUAAACCAUGCAAGCUAUUAUAAUUACGGGAUGCGAAAGAUGGCAUUAUUAAUUGGUAAUUAUGGUGUUAUGAAACUGCAAAUGAAGAAACGGUGGUCUUAUUUUGGUCUCUGGAAAUGUAGUUAUACCACAGAAGAAAAACAAUACUCCAUAUGACUUUGUGAGUGUACAUGUGCUGCUAUGUUUUGUUUUUUUUAUUAUUUCAUUUUUUUUUUGUCAUGUCUGGUGAAUUUAAUUUCAAAUACACAGUUUUAUGUUUAUUUUCAGAUGAAGAAUUCUUCAUACGAGUCCUGAUAUGAAAUUUUUCUUAUGUUGUCAUCUCAUGUAUUAAUAUGUUUAUAAUAGCAUUCUGUAAAUAUUAACAAAUUACUUUUAUAAGUGAAGGAUUAAGACACUAAUAAAAAUGUAUUUUUAUUAUUUA